AUGAGUAAUUAUGAAUCAGAAAUAUGUACACAAUGUCAAUUAAUCAAUUUAAGAAAUAGUCCAACACCUCCUAUUCAUGAAAUUAUACCCCAUUCAUUAAAUGAUUGUUCUAUGAUAACUACAUGUAAUACAGAUCCAAUUCAUACUACUCAUUCAAUUAUAAGUAGUAGUGAUUUAUUAUAUUGUACAAAUAAUCAUUGUCCAUUGUUUAAUGAUAUGAAUGAAAAAAUGAUCAACAUAAUGAAUAUAUGCAUCAUUUAG